AUGACAUGGGGUUCGAAAUCUAGCCAGUUGGACGGACAGACCUCACCUGGCCACCACGGUAAACGUGGAUUGCUUGGUCGGUUUCGACGACAUCAUAAGGACAAGGAAGAUACCGCCAGGCUCCGCGAUCUACCCCAAUCUACAAAGUCCUUGCAACCUAAAUCCUCAAAACCCGAUCUCUACCGGCCAGAGCUAUCACCUUCAGUAUUACCACUCUCAGGGACAUUUGGCCCUGGAGACCAGAGCGAUGUUCCAGAUUCGCGACCUGGGACGCGGGGCGCUGCGACCUUUAACAACAAGUUCCCAUUCUCCAAGAAGGGGCGAUCUCACCGGCCACACGAUUAUGUCGACGAAUCGAUUGGCCCGACAGAUCGAAAUGAUCCCGAAAAAAUUUACCACCUUGACACGAAUCUGAACGACAUGGAGGGGAUCUUGACGAAGCCUCCGCCUCUCACACCCAUGGACAUCAGCUUUGUGAACAAUGUCGAAGCAGAUCGCACCGACUCGGUGGUAUCGAUAGCUCCCAAGGGUCGAUGGGACGCCCCGGACAGUUGGGCGGUGCGGCGUAAUACCGAAGACAACUCAUAUCACGGGCCUGAUCUCGACGAGAUUGGAAGCCCCCCUCGGCCAGAGGAGAAGACGGCGCCGUACUGCAUCCGAAUCUUUCGCUCAGACGGGACAUUCUCAACACAUUCCAUGUCUCUGGACUCGAGCGUCACGGACGUCAUCUCGCAGGUCAUCAAGAAGACAUAUGUGGUUGAUGGCUUGGAGAAUUACCACAUCAUCUUGAAAAAGCAUGAUCUCAUUCGGGUGCUGACGCCCCCUGAGAGGCCGUUGCUGAUGCAGAAGCGUCUGCUGCAACAAGUUGGUUACGAGGACAAGGACAGGAUUGAGGAUCUUGGUCGAGAGGACAACAGCUACCUCUGCCGCUUCAUGUUCUUGUCGGCACGAGAGAGCGACUUCCACGCCAAGACCACUGACAUGGGUCUAGCUCGAGCACAGAAGCUCAACUAUGUUGACCUUUCUGGCCGCAACCUCAUCACUAUCCCUAUAUCGUUAUACUCCAAGGCAGGGGAGAUCAUCUCGCUGAACCUUUCGCGCAACUUGUCGCUUGAUGUUCCCCGAGACUUUAUCCAGUCUUGCAAGCAUCUUCGAGACAUCAAAUUCAACAACAACGAAGCGAGGAAGCUACCGCCAAGUUUGAGCCGGGCCAACAAACUCACUUUCUUGGAUGUUGCCAAUAAUCGUCUGGAGCAGUUGGAACAUGCCGAACUCCAUAUUUUGACGGGGAUACUCAAGAUGAACCUCGCCAAUAACCGACUCAAGCACAUACCAUCUUACUUUGGAGCAUACAUGUCACUUCGCUCUCUCAACAUUUCAUCUAAUUUCCUCGACAAAUUCCCCCUAUUCCUGUGCCAGCUCCCGAGCCUUGUUGACCUCGACCUAAGUUUCAACGGCAUUGCAACGAUCCCCCCCGAGAUCAGCGGCCUGAAAAACUUGGAGAAACUGCUGAUAACCAACAAUAGACUGACACACGCCGUGCCCGUUUCGUUCCGAAACCUGUCGAGUUUGCGCGAGCUUGACAUCAAGUACAAUGGCAUAACGAGCAUCGACACCAUCUCCGAACUCCCGAAAUUGGAGAUCUUAUCCGCCGACCACAACUGCGUCUCGUCUUUCGUGGGACAGUUUGAGUCGAUUCGCCAGCUGAAGCUGAACUCGAACCCUCUGAACAAGUUCGAGAUCACGGCACCAGUCCCAACGCUCAAGAUACUGAACCUCUCGAAUGCGCAGUUGGCCAGUAUUGAUUCCUCCUUUGCAAACAUGAUCAAUCUUGAGCAUUUGAUCCUGGAUAAAAAUUACUUCGUCUCCUUACCCCAAGAGAUCGGCACUCUUAGCAGACUUGAGCAUUUCAGCAUUGCCAACAACUCGGUGGGAGAACUGCCGGCCCAGAUCGGUUGUUUGAAUGAGCUAAAAGUGCUCAAUGUGCGAGGAAACAACAUCUCUAAACUCCCCAUGGAGCUCUGGUGGGCAAAUAGGCUCGAGACUUUCAACGCCUCCUCAAACGUCCUCGAACACUUUCCCGCGCCGGCCUCCCGGGCGCCGCGGAUGCCUGGCGAGGAAACUCAGCCGGAGAAACCCCCUGUUAAUGGGAGAGCCGCACCUCUCGGGACGCUGUCGGCCACGCCGAGCUCAGAGGAGCUCUCUGAUGAGAGAAGGCCAAGUCAAAACUCGAGCACACUUCUCAGUGUCGGCCCGUCUCCCCUGGCUGGUGACCGCAAGAGUUCUGUAGUGUCUGUCUAUGGGAAGGGUGGCAGGAAGACGUCGGUGGUGUCGAGAGCGACUGCACCGUCAGUGGCCAUGUCCACUGCGAACCCCAGAAAGGAUUCCUCAUCUAGGUUUACUAACACUUUUGCCGGAUCUCUUCGAAAUCUCUACCUGGCCGACAACCGUCUUGACGAUGAUGUUUUCGAGCAGAUCAGCCUGCUCCCGGAGCUCAAGGUGCUCAACCUCUCAUACAAUGAUGAAAUCAGCGACAUGCCACAGAGGUCAAUGAAGAGGUGGCCGCAGCUUAUCGAGCUCUAUCUGUCUGGCAAUGGACUCACAACAUUGCCGGCAGAUGACUUGGAGGAGUCCAGUCUGCUCCAGGCGCUGUACAUCAACGGCAACAAGUUCACCAACCUGCCUGCCGACAUUUCUCGGGCUAAGAACCUUGCCGUGCUUGAUUGCGGCAACAACUUUUUGAAAUACAACAUUUCCAACGUGCCGUACGACUGGAACUGGAACCUCAACCCCAACCUGCGGUACCUGAACCUGUCAGGCAACAAGCGCCUGGAGAUCAAGCAGUCAACAUACGGCCCUAGUGGACCCGGGGUUGUUGAUCGUGAGGAGUACACAGACUUCAGCCGUCUGCUUAACCUGCGCAUCCUGGGUCUUAUGGAUGUUACACUUACUCAACCAAGCAUCCCCGAUCAGAGUGAGGACAGACGUGUACGCACCUCAGGAUCCCUGGCCGGUCACCUCCCUUACGGUAUGGCCGAUACCCUGGGAAAACAUGAGCAUCUGUCCACUGUCGACUUGGUGGUACCCAGAUUCAAUGCUUCCGAGACUGAGAUGCUCCUGGGUUUGUUUGACGGACAGGCUCUCUCCAGUGGAGGAUCCAAGAUUGCCAAGUAUCUCCACGAGAAUUUCGGUCACAUUUUUGCCUUGGAGCUGAAGUCACUGAAGUCACAGACCAAGGAGACGCCGAUUGACGCUCUUCGGCGUGCAUUCCUCGCGCUCAACAAGGACCUGGUCACGAUUGCUAUUCAGCACUCGGAAGAACGGCCGCUCAAAGUGCAUAGGGGCUCUGGCCAGCCCGUGAUUCUGACCAAGGAGGAUCUCAACUCGGGUGGUGUUGCCACCGUCAUCUAUCUCCAGAGCACAGAACUAUACGUUGCGAACGUGGGCGAUGCCCAGGCCAUGGUGAUCCAGACUGAUGGCACCCACAAGAUGCUGACUCGCAAGCAUGACCCUGCUGAGCCCAGCGAACGAUCCCGCAUUCGUGAAGCUGGUGGGUGGGUUUCUCGCAAUGGCAGGCUGAACGACCUUCUCCAGGUGUCACGCGCCUUUGGUUAUGUUGAUCUGAUGCCGGCCGUGCAGGCGGCACCGUAUGUCAGCAACAUGACUCUCAAGGAGACGGACGAUAUCAUCCUGAUAGCAACCAGGGAGCUGUGGGAGUACUUGUCUCCUGGCCUGGUCACUGACAUUGCCAGAGCAGAGCGUGGUGACCUCAUGAGAGCGGCCCAGAAGCUCCGCGACCUCGCCAUUGCAUAUGGCGCCUCUGGUAAAAUCAUGGUCAUGAUGAUUAGCGUCGCUGACCUCAAGCGGCGGAUGGAGCGGUCCAGGAAUCAUCGCGGAACUACCAGCAUGUCCCUUUAUCCAUCUGGUAUCCCCGACGGGGCUCAAGUUCUCUCGACGAGAAGGGGCCGUAGAGGCAAGGGAGAUGUUCUCGACUCCCAGCUCAACCGACUCGAGGCCGAGAUCCCGGCGCCCACAGGCAACGUGUCUAUCGUCUUUACGGAUAUCAAGAACUCGACAACUCUAUGGGAGAUGUAUCCUAGCGCCAUGAGAUCGGCCAUCAAGCUCCACAACGAGUUUAUGCGUCGACAGUUGAGAAAGAUUGGUGGAUACGAGGUCAAGACUGAAGGUGAUGCUUUCAUGGUGUCGUUCCCGACAGCUACAUCUGCUUUGCUAUGGACAUUUUCAGUCCAGACGGGGCUCCUCGAUGUGCCCUGGCCAUCCGAAGUCUUGAACUCGGUGUCCUGCCAGCCGGCGUAUGACAAAGACAACAGCCUCAUCUUCAAGGGUUUGUCAGUGCGAAUGGGUAUCCAUUUUGGAGACUGCGUGAGCGAAACAGACCCAGUCACCCGACGUAUGGACUACUUCGGACCCAUGGUCAACAAAGCAUCCCGAAUCUCGGCUGUCGCGGAUGGAGGACAGAUCACUGUGUCGACUGAUUUCAUCUCGGAGAUACAGCGAUGUCUCGAGAACUUCCAGGAUACAGACCGGAGCAACGCCCUUGAGGCUGAAGAUUCGUUUGAGGACGAAACGUAUGCCUCCGCCAUCAGGAGGGACCUGAAACAUCUCACUUCUCAAGGCUUCGAAGUUAAGGAGCUGGGCGAGAAGAAGCUGAAGGGUCUGGAAAAUCCCGAAGUUGUCUACUCGCUCUACCCCCACGCGCUGGCUGGACGUAUCGAGUUCCACCAGCAGCACGAGAGACGGGAGGGAGGUGGCGGCGGCGACAAACCAGCGAUCCUCGCUCCAGGAGCCGAGCUCACCUUCGACCCAGAUAUGAUCUGGACUCUAUGGCGCGUGAGCUUGCGCUUGGAGAUGCUCUGCAGCUCGUUGGAACUGCCGCGAGACGAAGCACCUGGGGGCCUUCAAUCUCCCGAGACAGAGUUGCUCGAAAGGAUCAAACAGCGUGGAGGAGAGGUGACGGAUCGAUUCUUGAUCAACUUUAUGGAACAUCAAGUGAGCAGGAUAGAGGUGAGUCGGAACUGA